UCCACUGUUAGUCCGUACACUACAGCAGUCACAAUCAUGAUUCUCAUUGUGACCUUGUCCGUACUUCUCAUAACCACACAGAUAUUCGGAGCCCUGGUGGCGCCAUUCCCUCACGUCCGCACGUGUUACACUAAUUCUGAAUGUGGACCUAACGAGUGCUGCAUCUUUCCCAAUCGGUUCAUAGCGAGCAGGAGACGAAGAGGACUUCUACCCCUUGAUGUGAACCGAGGAGAAUGCCGUAGGAAAUCCAAACUGAGAGAGACGUGCUUGAACGUAUACACCUGCGGAUGUGAAGAUGGACUCCGGUGUGUUCCCGAUUCGUGGAAGAGAGGAAUGAUGCUUCCACAGCACUGCGAGCAGGCGUAGUACAUAAUCUGGGCCAUAGAACUCUAGAUAUAUCCUUGUACAUGUGUAUGUACUGUGUUUGAAUAAAAACUUCUACGUUCUGA